CGAAACUUCCGGUGUCCUCAGUUCCUGUUUUGGUGUAAAUCCGCUAGAAAUGAAAAGCUACUAUAGCGGCUACGUAGCAUAAUAAGUUUGUGCAGUUUUAUUUAUUAAGUUGAACCAUAUCGAAAACAUGGAAUCCAAAAUAAAAUAGCAGAGAACAACUUGCAGUCACAUUACAGCCGGUCUCCAUCAGGUAGAAGCGGCCACCAACGAAAUGGCCAACCUGAACUGGAAACCAUUUAUCUACGGAGGGAUGGCCUCUAUUGUCGCAGAAUUCGGAACGUUCCCCAUAGACCUGACUAAGACACGACUUCAGGUGCAGGGCCAGUCCCAGUACAUGGAGGUGCGCUAUCGGGGCAUGUUCCAUGCUCUGUUCAGGAUUGGCAAGGAGGAGGGCAUCAAGGCAUUGUACUCUGGGAUCUCUCCAGCUCUCCUGAGGCAAGCUUCCUACGGGACCAUCAAGAUUGGCACCUACAACACCCUGAAGAGGCUAUUUGUUACCCAUCCGGAGGAUGAGACUAUGGUGAUCAAUGUAUUCUGUGGAGUGGUGUCCGGAGUCCUCUCCUCCUCUCUGGCCAACCCCACAGAUGUUGUCAAGAUCCGCAUGCAAGCCCAGGGCAGUCUUUUACAAGGAAGCAUGAUGUCCAACUUCAUUAACAUCUACCAGACUGAGGGAACCCGUGGCUUGUGGAGGGGUGUCAUCCCUACUGCUCAGCGGGCAGCCAUCGUCGUGGGAGUGGAGCUUCCUGUCUAUGACAUUACUAAGAAGCACCUCAUCAAGUCUGGCACCAUGGGAGACACCAUACUUGCACACUUCAUUUCCAGUUUUACGUGUGGCCUGGCAGGGGCCCUAGCCUCCAACCCAGUGGACGUGGUGCGCACGCGUAUGAUGAACCAGCGAGUGCUGUCUGGGAACCCCAUGUAUAAAGGCACGCUGGAUGGACUGAUGCAGACCUGGAAAAACGAGGGAUUUUUUGCCCUUUACAAGGGCUUCUGGCCAAACUGGCUGCGUCUGGGGCCAUGGAACAUUAUUUUCUUCAUCACGUUCGAGCAGCUGAAAAAACUCCCCUUAUAGUUGAAACCUGAAGGGGCCAGUCCUUUGGCCUGGUGUGUGUUGGGCUUGGGGAACGCCACUCCAGCUGUUGGUCCCCAUCACAUUCACAAUCUCCUCCUUGGCCACCCAAUCCCUCAGCACGCUCCUUUAAGUUAUUUUAGUUGUAUUUAUUCUUUUGGUGCAGCUUUUCAAGUUAUCUUUUUAAACAUUUCCUCAUAGUCAUACCCCUGAAAUACCCAUGAUGGCAGCUAAAGCUGAAUAACAGAAGACUGUUUUGGCCAGAAGGAAUUUGCUUGGUAUGCUGACUGCCAACUUGCUCCCAUUUUAUAGUGAGUUUGUAGGAAAGCAGGACUCUCCUUUUGGGUGGAACGGGAGCUCUACUCGGGCUUAGAGAUAAGAAAUGGGUUUCUAAUUGUGUGGGACUAGUUUUAACCCUGUCUCCGCACUGCAUGGGACAUGCAAGAGAAGGACGAUGUCUGUUAAAUAUUUCUGAUUCGGGCAUUGCUUGUCUGGUCUGACAUUUUAAUGUCUUCACUGUUUUAGGCAGAGCUAGCUUAAAGAUGGAGUCUGUGAUAUUUUUUUUGGUUUUUGUUACUGGAUGUUUAUGUGGCGUUGACGAGCUGAAAAUGUUGUACCACAGUAUGUUGUGCAUGUGGCUAUUAGUGUCCCAUGACAUGCGCUCGCCUACCAACUUUUUUCAACUUUCAUGGCUAACUGAGGUAUAAUAAUGAUUGGGCUUAUAGAUUGUGCAUAUAUUAACAACAUAUUACACAUCAGCCCAAAAUUUAGGUUUUUAUAAACAAUUCCUAAUUGCAGAAGUCCCAGACUGCAGCUUUAAUUAUAGGCUAAGUUCUUUUCAAAGGUAAUCUAUUAAUGAAUUACUUAGUAAGUAAAGGUUACAAUAGGUGCUGUUUAGUCUGUUAGAGGAACUCAGGACAGGAGUUCCUCUAUGAAUAUAGCCAGUAAAAUGGGAUUUGGGACUCAUUACUUGAAUUUAGUUUGUUGUCGAACCAAAGCCACCGGUGGGAACCCCGGAGUGACUGGGCUUUAGUUACAUUUCACCACAGUCCCCCACCCCACAAGAACAACUGUUGUUGUUGCACCCACAAUUCCUCAAUGUUGGUUGAUGUUUUGUAAGGCUGUUGGGUCCUCUCCAAGUCCCUUGCCUUAAUGCAGAGGUGUGUCUAGAACACAGGGCAUGCAUGGUGUAAAGAAUGUACAGAGACAUACGCACAUAAUAAGGUAGUUACGGUGUAUUAUAACAGGCGUGUUUGAGUUGAGCAUUGAUGUACAGUGCUUUAGAGCCAUAAAACCUCUAGCCCCAGCCCCAAGAUCGUUGUGCUCAAUUCAGAAUCCAUGUCAGAAAUUGAUUCACACUGUUUUUACGGGAGGAAUAUUCUCUAGAGGGAAUUUGUUAUUGCUACUAGCUGAAAGAAUAGGUUAUUAUUUAGGAACAUUAUAACAACUUCUCUCCUACCUUUUUGUCAUUUCCUAUUGUUUUUGUGGCUAAGUGAAAACUGAAGGGAAACGUGUCAGAACUUCCUACUUUUCUAUACUCAAAGGAAAGAGAGAAAUAGCUAGACAGUUAAACUAUUGUUUUAAAUUUUGCCAAGCAGUUUGUUUUUUUACUAGUCCAAGUAAAAUAGAAUGCUGGUUACUGGUGGUUAUGGGGAAGCUUAUGCGAAUUGUAGCCUAUGACCCGAGGCAGAGCUAGAGCUGAGCCUGCCUGCCUCUCUGCCCACACACAUUGCUUGCUUCCCCGCAGCUCAACCUCCGAUGUCAGCUGUGUGCCAGGAGUGGCACAUCCUACCCACUACUGAAGAACAGAACCCUAGGUCCCUUGCUGCUCUGCGCCCCCACUGCUGCUACUAUUCUGCUUAUUUCAGUAGCCUGUCAAUUUAGUAGACCCCGGAAUGUGUGUCAAAGUCACCAGUGAUAGUCCAUGUGGAGUCUUAUGUCAUGAAAAUAAGGGCUUGAGUACUGCAAGACUCUAUUAGCUUUUAUUUAUUUUAAUUUAUUUUUUGCUUUGAGUAAAGCCCUGAAUGGAAACGGCCUGUGGAUCUGGAUUAUAAGGGCUGUAGUGCCUAAGUGUGCUUUUUCUGUAAUUGGGCAAUACCUUACUGCUUUUACCAAGCACUGUCUAGUGAUGGGUCAAUUGGCAAAGUACCAGAAGAACUGCACUGUAAAAUACUUACUCAAGCCUUACUUUCAUGAUUGUUACUCUAAUCUGGCAGUUUCUGCUUCUCUGCCUCACCAUACCCCAGGGCCAUGUACAGUUUAUUUCUAUUAGAAUGCUUUUUUUUCAUCGACAUUUCCAGAUUGUGUUAAUGUAUUUAUGGAUGUUAGGUUUCAGACGUGGGUGUUAUAUGGUAUGAAAUCAUUUGAAACAGACAUUCUAUUUCUUUAGGUUUGAUGAUAUUAUAGAUCAUGCUUAAUGUUUAACUGAGCCGUCCUUCAGCUUUUCUCUUUUUCUCUACCAUGAUGAUGAAAUCCCCUCACAGAGGAUCUUACAGUACUUAACAGGAACAUGGUGUGGGUUAUCCAUGUAUGUUUCCAGGCCGUAGUCAGGGCCCUAACUAUUCUCUGACCACAGUGGUACAGUAGCCAAGGAUAUUGAUUCCAACAUUCUUUCAGGUUAAGGGGACAUGCCUGUAGACAGGAUGUCUGACUACAUCAAGUUGUUUACAGUCCAUACUUAAAAAUAAAAAACAUAACUGCUUGCCUUUCUACUUAUGUUUGAGCUGACUUUACACAGAACAUUCUUUGUUAGCUGAAAUAUAACCACUUCCUUGUUUUCUUUUACUCAAAGAACUGCCUUCUCUCCGUGUCAAACACCUUGCGUCCUCUCAUUGUCUUUUUAAAAUCCAUUGGGUGAGUAAGCAAGAGGAUGUUCCGUGAUGACAAGUAUGACAUUCAGAAAAGGCUCAUGUCUUGAAGCCCAAGAGAAUUGUGGUUGUAAAAGGAAUGCAUUUAACCACAAAAAAGCAGACUUUAUAUUGGACAAAAUAGGUAUGAAGUAAGCAAGUCUUUUCUCCUUUUUUCAUGUAUGGACUGAAAACAUCUCAAUCUAAUCAUACUUCCACCCAGACAGACGUGCCUAGACCCAAACAUAUGGAGAAGUCCUUGGCAAAGUGUGACAGAGGAGACAUUUUGUUUAGAGAAUUCUCUCCAUUAAUUAGUUUUGGUAGAAUAUAAAUUAAUCUGUUAAAUAUUUUUCUCAUGCACAUUUAUUGUUACUGUAAAAGGCUAUUCUAUUGGCUAAUACACUAUUGAAAAAUAUCAAUUAAAAGGCUAUUUUCUAUAUUUAUUGGGUCAAAUUUCUUUCCAAAGCUUUAUUUAUUUUUAUUUUUUUAAAUGGCCUAAACAUGUUUGGUUUUCCUAUAUGAAUUUAACAAAAUAUACAAUCUGUCAAUCUUGAACCUGUUUUCCGAUUACUCACCAAUGCAGAGUGAUAUACUUCCAUUCUCCCAUUCCUUUUUAAACACAUGGCUGUAAAAUGUUGGCUGUAAAAGAUCUUUUGCCCGAUGCUAUGUUAAUUAUAUUUUUAUGACAGUAAAUUAAUUAAUUUAUAUUUUCAUGAUCCUCUAUAGCUGUGUGACUGAUGCUGGCUGGAACACUGUUUGGUCUCAGUCAAUUAUUUUAGGCUGUCAUUUCCUUGUCGUUUGCUGUUUGGCCAAAGGUCUGUUGAUGUAUUUACAAUCAUUUGUAAUACUUUUGCUUGUUUAUUGCAUUUAUUGAACAGUUGGUUAAUUAAUGUGUAAACAGUUUUCAGUGACAGAUUGGAUUUGGCUUUGUAUAAAAUGUAAAUAAGUAAAUGUACACUCCAAAAUAAAAUCUAUCCACUGAUGGUUGUGAUA